AUGUUAUUUAUCCUGGAGGACAAAGAAUUCACUUAUGCGCUGAGGUUUGAGUUCGAUGUAACCAACAACGAGGCCGAGUAUGAAGCAUUACUAGCAGGGUUGCAAAUGGCCAGGGACAUGAAGAUCCGCAAUAUCCAUGCAUACGUUGACUCCCAGUUAGUGGCGUGUCAAGUGAAAGGGGAGUACGAUGCGAAGCAGGGAACAACAAAGCUAUAUCUACAAAAGGUGCGGGAAUUGAUAGAAUGCUUCAGUCAUUUCGAGAUAGAGCACAUUCGAAGAAACCAGAACAAAAAAGCAGAUGCCUUGAGCAAGUUAGCUUUGCUCACAUUUUGA